AUGAGGAUUAUUGCUAAAUCCGAGGACGACUACCGUAAGAUCGUUCGCCUAUUCCGAGAGGAAGAAGUGCUCCAUCACACUUUUCCUCUCCCUUCGGAACGGAACAUCCAUGCGGUGGUUCGAGGAGUUCCCGUCAACUUUUCGGAUACUGAGAUUAAGGGAGAACUGGAGCAGAGGGGAUAUAGCCCUCUUCAUAUCAUUCUAUUGAAGCGCAGCGGCGGCGCGCCAUGCCUUUGGUGGUGGUGA